ACAUUCCAGUCGUUCCCAAAUUGUCCUCCUCCUCCUCCUCCUCCUCUUCCUCACUCCCCGUGUGUGGAGCUGUGACACGUAAACUUUGUCCGUCAUUGGCCACGCAGGGAACCUCCACCUGGGACAGAGGGAGCAGUGAAAAGAUCCCUUUGUCCCGAAUUUAAACUAUUUUAUCCUGACAUGGAGCCAAGAGACGCCGCAGCAGGAGCGUUUGUUAGCAGUGAUGGAGAAGAAAAGGCUUCAAAGAAGAGAUCAGCAGCUAAAUGUGUUAAAGCGGAGACCAAAAGCAAGAUGGAGAAGAUUUUAGGGUUCAAGAAGGAGGACCUGAGCUCCUGGCACAACCUGGUGGCCCUUCUGAACCGUCCCACUGAUCCUGCCUCUCUGGGCAUCUUUCGCUGCCUGUUUGGUUUGCUGAUGGCCAUAGAUGUCACACAGGAACGGGGCCUCAGUCAUCUGGAUUACAAGUACCUGGAUGGGACUCCUGUGUGUCGCUUUCCUCUUUUUAAUUCCUUAGAGCCACUGCCGCUGGACUGGAUGUACCUGGUGUAUCUGGUCAUGUUCAUUGGUGCUAUAGGAAUCAUGCUCGGCUGUUUCUACCGCCUCUCUUGCCUCAUGUUCAUUUCAACAUACUGGUACAUCUUCUUUCUGGACAAAACUGCGUGGAACAACCACUCGUAUCUCUACGGCCUCAUUGGUUUUCAGCUCACAUUAAUGAACAGCAACAGAUACUGGUCAGUAGAUGGAUUGCGGAGGCCAUCUAUAAGAAAUGCUCACGUUCCUCUGUGGAACUACACCGUGCUGAGAAUGCAGAUUUUUAUUGUGUACUUCAUUGCUGGAGUCAAAAAGUUGGAUGCAGACUGGGUGGAGGGAUACUCCAUGUCUUAUCUAGCACAUCACUGGCUCUUUGAUCCUUUCAAAGCGAUUCUUCCUGUGGAGUUGGUGAGUCUGCUGGUCGUGCACGGAGGCGGUCUGGCUUUGGACCUGACUGCCGGCUAUCUGCUGUUUUUUGAUGCAACGCGGCCGAUUGCGAUUUUCUUUGUGUCGUACUUCCACUGCAUGAACUCUCAGCUCUUCAGCAUCGGAAUGUUCUCCUACACGAUGCUGGCCACCAGCCCUCUCUUCUGCUACCCCGACUGGCCCAGGAGAUUCUUCUCUCGUUUCCCAUCUUUCCUCAGUCCGGUCCUGCCGUUCACCUCAUCUGAGAUUCAGCCCAGCACUUCCUGCGUUUACCCACAGAACCACAGCACUGAGCAUCAAGAAACACAGAAUGUUCCCAAAUCUUCCAAACUGAGAUUUAAACACAAGCUGGGGGCCAUUUUUACUAUUCUCUAUAUAGUGGAGCAGUUCUUCAUGCCUUACUCCCACUUCAUCACAAAGGGUUAUAAUAACUGGACCAACGGCUUAUACGGCUACUCGUGGGACAUGAUGGUUCACUCCCGCAGCCAUCAGCAUGUGAAGAUCACCUACAAAGAUGGGAAAACCGGCGAAGUCGGAUACUUGAACCCAGGGGUGUUCACUCAGAGUCGCCGUUGGAAAGACCACGGAGACAUGCUGAAGCAGUACGCUACGUGUCUCGGUCACUUACUGCCACGCUACAACAUCUCUGAUCCAGAAAUCUACUUUGACAUCUGGGUGUCGAUCAACGAGCGCUUCCAGCAAAGGAUUUUUGAUCCUCGAGUGGACAUCGUGAAAGCGGAGUGGUCACCGUUCAAACCAAACCCGUGGCUCAUGCCUCUGCUAGUGGACCUCUCCCCCUGGAGGACCAAGUUCCAGGAGAUCGAGGGCAGUUUGGACAACCAGACCGAAAUUGUCUUCAUCGCUGAUUUCCCAGGUCUCCACUUGGAAAACUUUGUGAGUGAAGAUCUGGGCAAUACCAGCGUUCAUGUGUUACAGGGGCGGGUGAAUGUGGAGAUAGUGGCGGGGAAAAAGAACUACACUCUUCAGCCUGGUGAGCAGAUAAAGGUUCCUGCUGGAGCUUAUCAUAAGGUGUUCACAGUGUCCGAAGGCCCGUCGUGCUACAUGUACGUUUAUGUUAACACCACAGAGGCGGCGCUGCAGCAGAACUUCACCAAGCUGCUGGAGCUCCAGGAGCGCAUCCGCAACGGAACAGAAACUGAGCCUCUCCCUCCCGAGCUGCAGCCUCUCAUGGUUGCAGACGACGAUGAAAAGGCAGAGGUCAACGCCACCGAUCCCGUCGUACAGCUGUUCCUGAAGAGGCAGCGCCGGAUGAAGGAGGUGAAGAAGCGCAGGGAGGCUGGCGCACUGGAGCGACUGGAACGCUUCACGGUUAAAAAGUACUUCACAGUACGAAGGGGAUUCUUGAUGACGGCCAUCGCGAUGCGAAACCUCCUGGUUGGCCUUCCUCCUCUAGACCAGCUGAGAAGAGAAGUUGAAUUUGCCAACAUGAAAGAACCUCAAACUGAAUCCAACCAGGAUGAGCCGCUCAAAGAUGAAGUUGUUCAUGGAGAACUUUAAAAUACAUUUAGGACCAAAGGAAAAGAUAAAGUAUCCCCGAGUACUGAAUCACACAUUCCAAUUUGUUAGUGUGUUUUGCUGCUGGACUGUUACUGACUGGGACCCUAAAGACAAUUUAAUUUGAAGUCCUCUGAAACAUUUAGUAUUUUUCCUGACUGAAGUGUUUUAUUUUUUUACAGUUUUUAAUUCAGAUGUCAAGAUCUGCAGUAAAAUCAGACUGUUGAGUAA